AUGCAAGAAGGGGACGCACAGUCGCUGCUCAACUUUUUUCGUGAAAUACAGGUAAAGGAUAGAGAGUUUUUCUAUUCAGUCGAUGUUGAUAAUAUUGGUAGGCUGCGAAAUGUGGUAUGGGUGCAUUCACACUGUAAGGCAGCGUAUGAGCAAUUCCAUGAUGCGAUAUGCUUUGAUACAACGUACCUUGUGAAUCGAUAUAAUAUGCCAUGUGCUUCAUUUGUUGGCAUCAAUCACCAUAGACAGUCCAUCUUACUAGGAUGUGCUCUCAUGUCUCAUGAAGAUAUCGAUAGUUACAAAUUAGUUUUUAGAACUUGGCUUGAUGCCAUGGGAAAUGUUCAUCCGGAUGCGAUCAUAACUGAUCAGUGUCAGAGCAUUAAGGUAGCCAUUGCUGAAGUGAUGCCAAAUACAAUACAUAGGUAUUGUAUUUCGCAUAUAUUCUCAAAGUUGCAUGUUUACUUAAGUGGUGUUCGUCCUUCUAAAAUUGCACGUGCAGAAUUUCAAUCCAUGGUCCUUGAUAGCAUUAUUGUUGAAGUUGUUGAGAGAAAAUGGACAGAAUAUAUUGCAAGGUAUAAUUUGCAUACAAGGAAUUGGUUCAUCAAGCUUUACUCUGAGAAGGGAAAAUGGGUUCCUGUGUACCUUGAUGUGUAUUUUUGGGGUGGUAUGCUAUCUACGCAAAGAAGUGAGGGGAUGCAUGCGUUCUUUGAUAGAUAUAUUACCCGUCAAAGCACUCUAAAGAUGUUUGUUCACCAGUAUGAGUUAGCUAUAAGAGCUAAGCAUGAGAAAGAGUUGGAAGCGGAAUACAGGUCAAAGGGCUUUCAAAUUGUGUGCGAGUCAAUGUUCAAGUGGGAGCAGCAGGCAAUUCAGUGUUAUACGCGUACAGUGUAUGAAUUUUUCAAGACACAACUAAGGAAAUUGUAUCAUUGUGAAGUCAGCAGCCCCGACGAUCAUCAAGUUGUCCCCGGUGUUGAGAAAUUCAUCGUUAGUGAUUAUUCAGUAAUAAUAAAAAAUAAUGGAAAUCCAGUUGAGUACACUGUUGAAUAUAUACUUAUCGGCGAUUAUUUUAGUUGCAGCUGCAAAUGGUUCGAGUCUUGA